AUGGUAGCACUCUGUGUCAUGUGGUUCAUCACAUUGACUGGCUGGAAACAGGGUUCAUGUGAGCUCUUCGAGGAUGACGAUACUUCUCAGCACACUCUUGGAAGAGAAGGGAACGUUAUUAAAAGAAGCGCUCAGAGUGAGGCGAGCUGUGAAGCAAUCCUUGCCAAAUUAAGGUUGGACGGACUUUCUACAGCCGCGGAACGUGAUUUGCAAACAUCAUCGACGAGUUUUACAGAAGCGGGCGUACUUUCUACAUCUACUGAACUCGAUUUGCAAACAUCAUCGACGAGAUUUGCAGAGUCAACAUUCGCAGGCCCGGCACUGACGACAGUUCCUGCAUAUGAGCUUCUCGGUUGGGAAUACUACUACGAAACGAAUAUGUGCUAUAAGAAGUUCCGGGUGCCAGGUGGCGGUAAUCAAGAUGUAAAGGAAUCAGAAAAAAAUUGCACUGGUUACGGAGGGAAUUUAGCGUCAAUUCAUUCUGCGGCACAAAACAAUUUUUUACAGCAGAUGCUCCCCAUCACCCCCUGUGUGAUCGGAUUGAAAUUUGUUGAAAAUCAAUGUGGCGUUGCUCAUCGUUAUUGGUCAGAUUCUUCCGUUGUCAAUUUCGAAAAUUGGGAACCAGGAGAACCAAACAAUAAUAUGUGUGAGCAGUUCUGUACAUAUCUGCAAAGUGAUGGAACGUGGAACAAUUAUAGAUGUGAUGCUAACAGUGCAUUCGUCUGUGAAACUGAUAAUAUUGUCUACUGCCCUCAACGCAGAACGUGA